AUGGACCUCAAGGAGAGCCCCAGCGAGGGCAGCCUGCAGCCCUCUAGCAUCCACAUCUUCGCCAACACCUCCACCCUCCACGGCAUCCGCCACAUCUUCGUGUAUGGGCCGAUGACCAUCCGGCGUGUGCUCUGGGCCGUGGCCUUCGUGGGCUCCCUGGGCCUGCUGCUGGUGGAGAGCUCCGAGAGAGUGUCCUACUACCUCUCUUACCAGCACGUCACCAAGGUGGAUGAGGUGGUGGCCCAAAGCCUGGUCUUCCCAGCUGUGACCCUCUGCAACCUCAACGGCUUCCGGUUCUCCAGGCUGACCACCAAUGACCUGUACCACGCCGGGGAGCUGCUGGCCCUGCUCGACGUCAACCUGCAGAUCCCGGACCCACACCUGGCAGACCCCACGGUCCUGGAGGCCCUGCGGCAGAAGGCCAACUUCAAACACUACAAACCCAAGCAGUUCAGCAUGCUGGAGUUCCUGCAUCGCGUGGGCCACGACCUGAAGGAUAUGAUGCUCUACUGCAAGUUCAAAGGGCAGGAGUGCGGCCACCAGGACUUCACCACCGUGCUAUGAGCAGAACAGCAAUCAAAGCAACCUGAAUCCUGUUUUCGCGGAGCUGGCAUUUUGGUUAAGGGACUCUUAGGGAAAGAAACGUCACCAGCCCAGGGGCAGUUUGUCUCCCAGUGCCCUCUCCUUGGCCUAUCUUCCCUCAUAGUCAGUGUCAAGUUCAAAUGCUAUUGUCUAGAGGGAACCUUCCCCAUCCGCCCCCGGGGGCAAAGUCAUAGAAUUUGCCUACGGUAAGAUGCACACUCUCUCGCACCUGACUUGCUUUUUCCGCGGGGGAUUUACAGUGCUGAUGCGUGGACCGUGAUGUGUUUGUGUGAUGCGGCCAGGUUGUCUUUUGCUGCAAGCUGGUGUCGAGUCAGGAGGGGCCUCGCCAUCUCGGUGUUCCUUGGUGAGGGAAGCAGGAAGUUCCAGAGGACUGUGCUUCUGCGUGCUUUGUUUGCACAGCAGAGGCGCCGCUCGCCUCAUUGUGUCUGGUCACAUAUCUUUCUCCCUCACUGGACUGUGAAUUCCUCAAGGGCAACCGUGUCCCGUUCAGCCCACGAUUUUUCUUCAGCUUCGAACCUGUGCCUGCCACCCAGUGAGCACUCAUUUCUCUUGGGGACUGAAACGAUGCAUGACAUCAUGGAGGGAAGCUCUCAGGUUCUCCACGUGAUCGGAUCCGGCAACUUCUCGUUAUCUGUCUUUCCGAGUUCACCUCUACGGUGGAUGGCUGAGCACGGGCAGGGUGAUCUGCCCGUGUCAAUCCCCGGGGGCUCCGACCCCUGUCCCACGGAACUCAGGCCCCCACCUUGUGCAGCUCUGGGGGAAGAGGAACUGUGAUGAACACUGUGUAAGUCUUCACAGACUGGGUGGCCUAAAACACCAGAAACUUAUUCUCCCACAGCUCUGGAGGCCGGAAGUCUGAAAUCCAGAUGCUGGCAGGGCCAUGCUUUCUUCAAAGCCUCUGAAGGAGGAUCGAUCCUUCAUCGUCUCUUCCAGCUUCCGGUAGCCCUGGAUGUUUCUUAGCUGUGACAGCACAACGUGGCAAUCCCUGCUUUAUCUUCAAGUGGCCGUCUUCUCUCUCUUACAGGGACACCAGUCCUAUUGGAUGAGGGGCCCACCCGGGCCCCAGUUUGACCUCAUUUCAGCUCAACUAAUUACAUCCGCAAUGACCCUAUCUCCAAAUAAGGUCGUUCUGAGAUUCCGUUUGGGAAACAGUUCAAUCCAUAGCACACACAGUACGUUCUGGGGAAUGAUUAUUUCCUCCCACUCCCUACGCCCCCAGUUAGGCCAACUCAGCCUGGUCGUUCCUGCCUCUCACUUCUUGCCCCUGCCUCUCUGAUGCGAAUUGCCAGGUAUCUUUUUAGGAAAGAAUCCCUCCUUUCCUAACCAGGAGGGAAGCUUUUUGAAGGCACAGCAGUAAAAGAUGGCCUUCUAGCACCUGAGAGACUGCUUGGCCUGUCCUGAGGUCUCCAUGUGUAUUUAUGGAUUGUUUAGUAGCAAAGGAGCAGAAAAUAUCGAUCACACUUUCUUCUGCACUGUCCUUCUCUCUAAAACUCUUCCUCUGGGUUCUUAGAGGGGUGCUAUCAGUUUUGUUUCAAGUAGCCUCAUCCUGUAAGAUGCUGCCAGGAGAAAAUGAGUUUAGAGAGUUUGCGGUCCGACCAUAUUUCUUAACGCAUCUUGACAGCCACCCCUGUAACCGGGACCUCUGUGAUCACUCACUUGGGCAGUUGUAAUGGUCCCGCUUCCAGUCUUUGCCCAACACUCAGAGGGAUCUUUUUAAAAUACGGAUAUGAUGGGGGCGCCUGGGUGGCUCAGUCGGUUAAGCGACUGACUUCAGCUCAGGUCAUGUUCUCACGGUUUGUGGGUUGGAGCCCCGCGUCGGGCUUUGUGCUGACAGCGCAGAGCCUGGGGCCUGCUUCAGAUUCUGUGUCUGCCUCUGCCCUUCCCCUGCUCUCUCUCUCUUUCUCAAAAAUAAA